AUGGCUUUAAAAACCUUUGAAUUGUUGAAAGGAUGUGAAACUCAUGAAGAGAUAAUGAAAGUUCUUGCUGCUGUGGCUGUGGAUUUAGGGGAUGUAAUUGAUGAUGUGAGUGUUGUGGAGGUGAAUCCCUUAAAGGGUGCAAUGACAAAUGAGGUUUUUGAGGUGAAUUGGCCGACGAAAAGUGACGGUCAUCUUCGAAGAGUUUUGGUUCGAUUAUACGGUGAAGGUGUCGAGGUUUUCUUCGAUAGGGAUGAUGAAAUUCAAACCUUUGAGUGUAUGUCGAAGAAUGGACAAGGUCCGCGCCUUCUUGGCCGUUUCACUACUGGUCGAGUUGAAGAGUUCAUUCAUGCCCGGACACUUUCAGCUGCCGACCUCCGAGACCCUGAAAUAUCAUCUUUGAUAGCAUCUAAGAUGAAGGAGUUUCACAAGCUUCAUAUGCCUGGUGCAAAGAAGGCUCAGAUUUGGCAGAGAAUGAGGAAAUGGCUUAGUCAUGCUAAAAGUUUAUGCUCCCAAAAGGAUAUCAAAAUUUUUGGCUUGGACAAUCUAGACGCUGAGUUAAGUUCGCUGAGGGAGUUGUUAUCAGAUGGAUAUCAAGAAAUUGGUUUUUGUCACAAUGAUCUACAAUACGGUAACAUCAUGAUGGAUGAAGAGACUAGAUCAAUCACUUUAAUAGACUACGAGUACUCGAGUUACAAUCCUGUUGCGUAUGAUCUUGCAAAUCACUUCUGUGAAAUGGCGGCAGAUUACCACAGUGACACGCCUCAUGUUCUUGACUAUACUAAAUAUCCUGAUCUCGAGGAACGUCGAAGGUUUAUUUAUACAUACCUGAGUUCUGAAGGGGAAAAACCAAGUGAAGAUGAAGUGGAGCAGUUAGUGAAUGUUGUAGAGAAGUACACUCUUGCAAACCAUCUAUUUUGGGGCUUAUGGGGACUUAUCUCAAAUUAUGUGAAUACAAUUGAUUUUGAUUACAAGGAGUACUCAAGGCAAAGGUUUCAACAAUACUGGUUAAAGAAAGCUAUUUUGUUGACAUGA